AUGGGUAUCAUUUCAGUACAAGAAAAAACGAAUAAAUUUUGGGAUAAUUAUUCCAAAUUUUUAAUACGUUUUUCUUGGAUUAUAUUAAUAUUAAGUUUAAUUAUUACUGUUGGACUUACAAUAUGUUUAUUAUGUCUUAUUCAAAUACGUCAAUUUGAUCAAACAGAUUUUAUUGUUCGAAAUGGUCGAGCAUCAAAAAAUGCUCAAUUAAUUAAUAAAAUUUUUGGAAGUGAUAAAGAUGUUCGUACACAUCAGCAAAUGGAUCUUUAUCCAGCAUUAGAUGUUAUUAUAAAAAGAAAAAUCAAUCAUGAAAAUAUCAAUGAAACUAAUAUGUUAAAUAAUCAAAUUAUUGAAGAGAUUCGUUCAUUAGACAAACUUAUUCAUUCUAUUCAAAUAAAUGAUGUAAAUAAUUCCAAACAAUAUAAUUAUACUUCUUUAUGUGCAAUAAUAAAUCGUGCUUGUAUGGUUGAUGGAAAUUAUUUAUUAUCAGAUAAAUUUCAUAAAGACGCUUUAAAUUUACGAUAUGUUGAAAGUGGCAUUUAUUUUGAUUCAUUAACAGGUGCUAAUGGUUUAGCAUCAUUUAUUUUCGGUAAAGAUUAUAAAAUUAUUAAUGCAACUGUACCUGAAGUAGAUUAUGAUGAAGAAGAAGACGAAGAAGAAGAAAAAGGCGAACCAGAAGAUUUACCAGUAGUAAAACACACAUCCUCUGAAAAAACUAUUUCCUAUGUUCCAAUAUUUCGUAUUCGAUAUUCACUAAAUAUAUCAAAUGAUCAUAUGCGUCAUUUAUCUACGCAAUGGGAACGAGAAGUAUUAUAUUAUUUAAAUGAAAAAUAUCAAUCAAAGUUAAUUGAAAUUUCACCAUCAACAUCAACAGCUAUUACAGAUACUGUUGGUAAACAAGCACGUGAUGAAGGACCAUUUAUGGCUAUAAUGCUUUUAAUAUUUUUUAUUUUUGUUGGUUUUUUUAUCAGUAUUCAAGGAAAUUUUCAUACAUCUGUAGGAUAUUUAUCUAUUUGUGGAGUUCUUAAUUUGGCUCUUGCAACUGGUGCUACAUUUGGUUUAUUGUCAGUUUUUAAAAUUCAAAUUAUUGAACCAAUGGCACUUAUUAUUUUUGUAGUUGCAAUUAUUGAAUCAAUGCGUAUAUCAAUUGUUUGCGGUGAAUAUCAUCAAAUAAUAAAAGAAUAUUUACCAGUAUCUUCGAUAAAUGCUUCAACUAAAAUUGAUAUUGAAAAAAUUCUUCCAUCAAUUAUUAAAUCUACUCGUCCAUAUUUUUUAUCAUCAACAUUAAUUAUAAUGAUAACUUAUGCAAUUAUGUCGAUUAUAUCUCCAAUGUCAUGUACACGAUAUCUUGGUUUAACAAUAGUAUUAUAUAUAUUUAUAGAAUAUAUAACUCAUUAUCGUCGAAAAUCAUUAAGUAAAACAUUGAAUAAACAAGUAACAACUUUAACAAAUGUUGAUCCAAUUUUUAAAAAACUUCUUACUGGAUUUUUAUGUUUAUUAUCAGUGAUAUUUAUUAUAUGUAGUAUUUGGUUAAUAUCUUCAAUUGAUACACGUUUAUAUGAAGAUAAAUUUCUUCCAAAAAAUGCUUCAUCAUUAAAAUCAUAUAUGAGAGCACAUUUUGAAAACUAUGAUAUUGGUCCUGUAAUUAUGUUUGUUAUACCUAAACCAAUGAAUUAUGAGAACAAAAAAAAUCAGUUAUUAAUCCAUAAUCUUGUAGCACAAUGUUUAAAUGAAACAGCAAUGAAUAAUAAAUUUAAAUUGGUAUGGUUAGAACAAGAAGAUUUACAUGAUGUUUUAACUAGUAGAAAUCCACUUAGUGUUCGAUUAACACCAUACUCACAAAAUGAUCUUGUUAUAUCAGAUAAAAAAAACAGAUCAGUUAUCAAAGCAUCAAGAUUCUUUUGUCAAUAUAGAUCAACAAAAGGUGAUCGUAAUGAUUUACAAGCAAUGUAUAAUAUGUACACUUAUGCAGAACAAAGCUCAUUACCAUCAAUAUUUCCUUAUAGCUUCAUAUUUUUACAUUAUGAAUCUUUAGCACAAAUACGUCGUGAAGUAUAUUUAUUAACAAUUUUUACUGUUACAACAACAUUUUUAAUAACAUUCGUGAUUUUUCUUUCAUUUGGAAAAGCUCUUUUGAUAUUCACAAAUUUACUUGCUCUUCUAACUGGAAGUUUAGCUUGUCUAUAUUUAUUUCAUAAUUUAACAUUUAAUUUUGCAAAUUCACUUUGGUUAUUUGUUAUACCUGUUAUAUUUCUUGAUACAUUAAUACAUGCAUCAUUCAAUAUAACAAAAUCAAAAUGGAAAUAUAAUCGUGUUAUUUUAUCAUUACUCAUAUCAUUAUGUAUAUUUUCUUUAUUUUCAAUUGAAACAUAUAUAUAUCAUGUUAUACGUCAAUCACUUAUAUAUCAAUCAAUAAUUUGUUUUAUAUUAAUUAAUUUUAUACUUCCAUCAUGGUAUUAUAUAAUUGAAACAGUUUUGAAGAAAAAUAAAAACGAUAGACAACCAAUACCAACAGAAAAUCCUGAUGUAAGUCAACCAGUAGUUGCUAGUACAGAAAUACAGAAUCUCGUUUAUGAACCAAAUGGAAAUAUGAAUAAUUCUAUUUGA